AUGAAGGACGAUGGCAAGUUUCAUCAUAUGUUUGUUGCACUUGGACAGAGCGUGGCUGCCUUUGAGAAGGGUUACUUGAGGCCGGUCAUCGUCGUAGACGGGACCCAUCUGAAGGGAAGGAACGGCGGCAUUUUGUUCGUCGCUGUUACAAAGGAUGGGAACGAAGCAAUAUUUCCUCUCGCAGUUGGGCUUGGUCCUAUCGAGAACGACGAGUCUUGGACUUGGUUCUUCCACCGACUGCGGACUUGCUUUGGUCAGCCGGAUGAUCUCUUGAUUGUGUCUGAUCAGCACAAGAGCAUCAGAAAUGCUGUGGAGUGUGUCUACCCGAACGUCCCUCACGGGUUGUGCUAUUACCAUAUCCAGAAGAAUCUCGCGCAUUAUGGGCAGCAUGUAGCUGCAGUCUUCAAAGCAGCGGCAUAUUCCUAUCGAUCAGACGACUUUCAAAGGAAUUUUUCUGCGCUUCAAUUACUGAAAGUCAACGCGCACACACGCCUCGACACUAUUGGUGUGGAGAGAUGGGCCAGGUCCAAGUGCCCUGUACGACGCACGAGCUUCAUGACGUCGAAUGCUGCCGAGACGAUGAACAGUAGACUUUUGUGGGCACGACGACUCCCGGUUGCUUCAUUGAUCGAGACCUAUCGAGCCAUUAUGGAGAAAUGGUUCGAUAGGCGACGCAUCUCGGCUGCAUCGAGGUCACAUGAGUUGACUGAGGUAGUAGAGGGAAAGUUGCAUGUGGCUGUCGAAGCGGGUCGGCAAUUGGCUGUUCGAGUUCUUCCGUGCACGGUUGCGUACACGGUUUCGAGAACCUGUACACGGUUAGGGUCUAACCGUGUACAAAGUCCAUUUAGCCUUUGUUCACCCCAAAAACACCAACAAGUCAUAAAAUCAACCGUAUUUUAA